UCUCGCAGAUAUGGCUGAGUUGGCGAGUUUGGUGCAGCGGCUGGAGGUGGCGGUGGGUCGCCUGGAGUCCAUGUCAGGCGCUGGUGGUGCUGGAGAUUCAACUGGUGGAGCUGUAUCCGCGUACGUCGAGGCCUAUGAUGUAAUCGUCAACGGUCCCCUGGCCGAGUACCUCUCCCUUAGCAAGAAGAUCGGGGGUGAUGUCCAGAAACAUGCAGAAAUGAUGAAGCAAGCAUUCGCCAGUCAGAGAAAACUCCUCAUACAAGCCUCCUCCUCCCAGAAGCCCUCUGAUGCAGUUUUGACGACUCUCCUGCAGCCGGUGUCCAAAGCCAUCCAGCAGGUGCAGGCGUUCCGCGAGCAGAACCGCACCUCGCCGCUCUUCAACCACCUCUCUGCCGUGAGCGAGAGCGUGCCUGCCCUCGGAUGGGUCGCCAUGGCUCCUAAGCCGUGCCCCUUUGUUAAGGAGAUGCAGGACGCCGCCAUGUUCUACACCAACCGUGUGCUCAAAGACUUCAAGGAUACAGUGAAAGCUGGUCCCAUAGCUUCGGCCUCUGCAGCUCCUCCCAGUGCUCCUGCCGGUGGUUGUCCUCCUCCACCUCCCCCCGGACCUCCUCCUCCCCCCAUGGACAUCAGCGGAUCCUCUGGCGGCGAUGGCGGUCCUGACGAGCGUAACGCUUUGUUCGCCUCCAUCAACAAGGGAGCCGACAUCACCAAGGGCCUGAAGCAUGUGAGCGACGACCAGAAGACCCACAAGAACCCCACCCUGAGGAGUGGUGCUCCAGUACGUACCGGACCAAAACCCUUUGCUUCCCCGGCUGCCCGACCUGCUGCGUCUGCCACCCCGACCCGCACGCUGCCCCCCGUGCUGGAGCUGGAUGGGAAGAAGUGGAAAGUGGAGAACCAAGAGGGAGUGCAGGACCUGGUGAUCAGCGACACUGAGCUGAAACAAGUGGUUUAUGCCUUCAAGUGUAACAAGAGCACCCUGCAGGUCAAGGGCAAAAUCAACUCCAUCACUGUAGACAACUGUAAGAAAAUGGGCCUGGUGUUUGAUGAUGUCGUGGGCAUCAUAGAGGUCAUCAACUGCAAGGACGUCAAGAUCCAGGUCAUGGGUAAGGUUCCCACUAUCUCCAUCAACAAGACGGACGGUUGCCAUGUCUACCUGAGCAAAGACUCUCUGAGCUGCGAGAUCGUCAGCGCCAAAAGCUCAGAGAUGAACGUCCUGGUACCCAACAAAGACGGAGAAUUUACGGAGAUCCCAGUUCCUGAGCAGUUCAAGACCGUCUGGGACGGCAAUAAGCUUGUUACCACAGCAACAGAGAUCGCCGGAUAAACGGGGGCAGCAUGUGAAAUGGCCGCCCCUCCUCGACACCAUCCCCACCCUUUUUUUGCAAAUGCCUUCCUGACUGAUCCACCACCCCACCAGCUAACUCUCACACUGUAGACUGAGAAUUGGACCUCAUGCGUUAUAUCUCCCGCCCUCCUCCCUCUUAUCAGCCAAUCACAGCUUAAGCUGUCCCUUCCGUAAGCCAAUGAGAGGACUGCUCACUUUUAUCUGGAGCAAAAUCCUCCAGCCAAUCAGCAGGGAGCAGCUUGUCAUUCAAAUUGGGUUUUCCCUGUGAGCCAGUGAGCACUUUUUCGAAAACAUUCAUGAGUUUUGCCAAUAGCUGGGAUGCUCUGUAUAUUUUUUAUCUACCUGGAUAAUGCUGAGCUAAAUUUAACAUGUAGAAUAGCCAAUAUGGGAACAGGGAUAUUGAUUCCUCUGCAACAAAAGCACUGCAGCCAAUCAGGAUGCUUCAGGCUGCUCUUUUAUUCUUUCUCCUCUUCCUGGUCAGGAGGGGCUGGUGUGUUUUUGUUUUUUUUAAAGUUGUGGCCUGAUAGGUUUCUGUUCCAUUAUAUGCAACUCAAUGGUGAAGCACUUGUAAAAACACCAUCCUUUUACAGAGGAUAAUGGCAUCCAUAUCACCUCCGCUGAUGUUAACAAUAUUAACAUUCAUAGUGGAUAAUAUGAAAUGUCAGCACUCUCAGAGCACAGUAAAAAAAAGAGUUGCGUCACAAGACCACUGUCAAUUUCACAUCAUGAAACUUGAUUUAAAAUAGCAGGAAAAUGAUCAUUCUACGUGCUUUCCACUUAAACCCACACAUAGGACAUUCCCGAGUAUUAAAGAGAAACAUUCCAUAUAAGGAGGCGUGUAAGAAAAAGUUUGCGAUUUAAAGAGCAAAAAGAGAUGUUGAUACAAAGUGGAAGACAAAGAAGAGACUUAAGGACAUAAUCAUUGAUUGUUAAAUGCUUCACCGCAGUCUCUAGAUCUGAAAUAUCUGCUGUAAUCAUCUGUAUAGAUAUGAAUAAUUAUUGACUAGUCUUAAAACAUUAGCCCGACCAUCAGUGUCUCUCCACUCGCUCCUAGCCACGUCUGCACUCUUUGGUUAUCUUCGGCUCUUGAAGCUGUGAAGCUCUUCGCUGAAUUUUCUUUUAUAUUGUCUCUUUCUUUUACCUCUUGUGUUUUUUUUUUUUGGGUCCAAAAUCAGAAUUCAGCUCAUUAGUAUUGGAGACGUCAUUAAAAAUGUUGCAAUAAAA